AUGAAUGAAGUAGAGAUCUCUAGCAAAAAUGAUACAGAAAUUCUUAGAAUUAUAAAUGAUUACAUUAAAUAAGGAUAUCAAGUGUUUCUUUAGAAAAGAUGCACUGAUAAAUUUCUUAUGUAAACAGAAUAUAUAGUAUAAUUUUACUUAUAAUUAAAGACUCCUGGAGUAUUAGAUUUGGACAACUCUUAAGUUAUUAUUCAAAAUACUCUUGAAGUAGAAGAUGAUUAAUAAAAAGUGAGUGAAAUUAGUAAGAUUGAGAAAAAAUAAUUUGAAUAAUCCAGAGAUUGCAGUAUUAAUGAUUAAUGUGAAAAAUUGGCUGAGACUAUACAAAAAUAGCAUUGUCUAUUUUCUAGAGAUUCUUUAGUUUUUAUACCUAGAUAAACAAUUACUGAUUUCAAUAAAAUCUUAAGUCCCUAAGUUAAGGAAUAGAAUGAUGAAACACUUAUGAAAUUAUAUUAAAUGUUAUAAAAAGGUAUAGGAAAUGAAUAAGAAGGAUAAGUUGAAUUAGCUAUUGUAUUAAUAUAUUCAAAAUAAUUAUAUAGAAAUAAUUUACAGAACUCAUAUAGGAGAUAGAAUUAAUGAAUGAGGAUCUCCAAACUAGUAAUCUAAUAAAUGUAAUUUACGUAGAAGCACUGUUAAUAUUAGGGUUGCUUUAAUCAAGAAUUAGUCAAUAUCAAUAAGGAAAAAAGUUAACAUUUAAUCAUAUAAUUUCAGGAAUUUUGAAAAAUGUUUAAGAUUAUUCAUCAUAAAGGAUCAAAUCUUAUUAGCCAAAAUCUAUUUGAGAGUGGGUUAGAAUUGCCAACAAUUAUUUAGUUAUCAAAAAGCAAUUGAUUAUUAUGUUUAAGCACUCGUAAUCUAUGAAAUUUAUCAAUUAAAAAUUGAAAUCUCCUUGACAAUAUCAUAUAUUGGAAUAGUUUAUGCUCAUCUGGGUAAUCAUGAUUUAGCUAUUAAAUUGGGAAUGUAAGCAAUUGAAGAAAUCAAAAAAAUAGUCAAAUAAGAUUCUUUUAUUAUGGGUCAAUUAUAUCAUGCCGUUGGAGAAAUACACUAUUUUAAUCAUGAUUUUGAAGAUGCUAUAGAGUAUUUCGAUGCUGCUUAUGAUAUUAAGAUUCAAUAUCCUAAAGAAAGACUAUCAUAAAUUUUGACUAUCAAUUAUUUAGGAAGCAGUUGCUAUCAUUUAGGAGAGUAUAAAAAAGCAUAAGAAUUAUAUGAAAUAUCAUUAAGUUAGAUUACUGAGAAAUCAACAUUGAUUGAAGCAUAAAUUUUGAAUAAUCUUGCAAUGACCAAAAUUGCUUAAAAUACAAAUGCAAAAAAUGAUUUAGAUAGAGCUAUCUCUAUUUACUUGAUUUAUUUCUCAGAAACUCAUCCAUCUGUAAGAAGAGCAUUGAGAAAUCUUAAGUUUUAAAAAUGA